GGUGAAUGUCACCAAACACCACACCCACAGAGUUUUGUUCAAUAAUGUGCUGAGGUUUUUCCAGAAAUAUCCGUUUGGGAGAAGUUAUCGAUCUCAGCCUCGCCGGGGUUUGUAUCCGUUUGUUUCUUACUCUAUCUGUUUAUGUUUAGACUGGGAGGCAACGGCCUGGGAGAUUCCGGAGUGAAACUGAUGUCUGCGGCUCUGAGGAACCCGGGCUGUAAAAUACAGAGACUGCGGCUGGACAGUGUCGGUCUCACAGAUUCUGGAGCCGAGGUUCUCGUCUCCGGUCUCAGUACAAAGCCCUCACUGACGUGGCUGGACCUGUCACACAACUCCCUCACAGACCGAUGUGUCCCCGCUCUCCGCCGCCUCAUACUGACCCUCCCGAGACUGGAGUGGAUCUGGUGAGUGUUUGAGUUAAUGUUUAAUGUGA